CCAGUCACACUGCAGAUGCAUUUCUUUGAGUAGCCUCGACCCCCUUAUGGACUCAAUGAAUGUAUCACGACAUGGCAUUGCUCACUGGGAAUGCAGAUCCUGAGUUCAGCUCCUACUCCUUCAAUAACUUGGAAAACCUGUGUGAAGUGCAAACCAAGAAAGGAUUAUACUACAAAAAGGCCAAACUCUUACACCCUGGGGAAGACUUGUGCUACUUAGCCCGCCUGGAUGACCGGACUAGGUUUGUGAUCAUCAACGUAGGUGGUAUUAAAUACAAAGUUCCAUGGACCACCUUGGAGAACUGCCCCUUGACCAGGCUUGGGAAGCUCAAAUCUUGCAACAAUUAUGAUGAGAUCAUGAACAUCUGCGAUGAUUAUGAUGUUAGCUGCAAUGAAUUUUUUUUUGACCGUAAUCCUAGUGCCUUCAGGACAAUCAUGACUUUCCUGACAGCUGGGAAGCUGAGGCUUCUCAGGGAGAUGUGUGCUCUUUCUUUUCAGGAGGAGCUUGUGUACUGGGGGAUAGAAGAAGACCACCUGGAGUGGUGCUGUAAAAAGAGACUGCGACAGAAAGAGGAGGAGGCAGCUGAGGCCAGACUGUAUGAAGGGGAGAUGGUGUUUAGUGAAACUACGCAAUGUGCCUUCCAGGACAGUAGCCGAUUGAGUUUGUGCAUGCGAAAGCUCAGGGAUAUGGUGGAGAACCCCCACUCAGGGAUCCCAGGAAAGAUCUUUGCGUGUAUUUCAAUCUCUUUUGUUGCCAUCACUGCAGUCAGCCUCUGCAUCAGCACCAUGCCAGAUGUUAGAGAAGAAGAAGAUCGGGUGAGUGCUGCUUUUCUCAGCAUCAAGCGUGUUUUGCAGUGUUGUCUCCUCAGGGAAGGUGACGGGCAAAGUCAGCCCAGCAAUCAUGCAGGUAUUGCGUUUGGUGUUUAUGAGGUGAAGGGCUGGCCAGGGUAG